AUGAAUAUAUUUAAUUUAAUUUCUUUAAAAUUAUUUAAAAAUUAUGAUAGAUUUAACUUUAUUUUUUCUUUAGAAGUAAUUGGCAAUGUUUUUUAAAAGAUCUAACAAAUAAAUAUUAAGGAAUUCAUUUUUUAUAAGUUUUUUCUAGAAUAAUAUGCAAAGGAUUUCUUUUCUUUAGAAAUGAAUUAAUUAAAUUUGAUUGAAAAUGCUUUUUUUUUUUGUUAAGUUUAAAGUCAUUUGAAUAAGAGAUAGAAAAUACAAUAAGUUAUAAGAUCUGUGAUCCUAGAUUAGAUAGAUAAUAGCAAUAAGUACUAAUGCAGAUUAGUGUUAGACAGAAUCAGGUAUCUUAAAUGA